AUGGCCUUCGCUAUGCAGUGCGACUCAGAUAACGCCUUCUUCGUCGAGCACGAGGAGCCCACACGGCCCCGCAUGCACUCGAGGGAAAACGCCAGGCUCCUGGCCCGCCAGAGGCAAGAGAUGAUUGCCAACGAGCUCUCGCGGUUAGCCAGUGACGAGUACAUGGAGGACAUCAUGCAGCACGUGAGGCACAUGGAGGACGAGACGCUUCCUGACGUCAACCUCAUUGACAUGCAGCGCGAGAUCCAAUGGUUUAUGCGGCCUUACCUGAUUGACUUUAUCAUUGAGGCUCACGCCGCUUUCGCCCUUCUUCCCGAGACCCUUUUCCUCACAGUGAACCUGCUUGACAGGUACUGCUCUAAGCGGGUUGUCUACAAGCAGCACUACCAACUCGUCGGUUGCGCGGCUCUGCUCAUCGCGGCCAAGUACGGUGACAAGAAGGACCGGGUGCCCCAGAUCAACGAGCUCAACAACAUGUGCUGCGGCCUGUACGAUGCCGGCAUGUUCACUCAGAUGGAGAUGCAUGUCCUCAACACUCUGGAGUGGAACAUUGGCCACCCCACUGUUGACUUCUUUGCCCAGCUCAUCGUCGCGGAGGAGCGAGACAGCAUGGAGGUCGAGCACAUGGCUGCCUACAUCAGCGAGAUCGCCCUCUACCACCGAGACUUUGUGUCGACCAAGCCCUCCACCAUGGCCAGGUCGUCGCUGGCCCUCGCCCGUGCCAUCUGCGGCAAGCCCGAGAACAACGACGGCGAGUGGGACCACAGCGACAACGUCACCCUGCUGUCCCUCUCGCAGAACCUGCACCACCCUUCCGUCACCCUGUCCCGCAAGUACUCGUCGGCGCACCUGUCUCGUGUUGCCGCCAAGCUCACCGACUUCCUGGCCCAGCAUGCUGCCAUCAACCGCCGUGCCAACCCGCCCACGCCCCCGACCGAGGCCACUCUGGCUCCACACCACGCCAACAUCUACAGCACGCCCCAGAAGGGCAUGGGUGCUGUUCCCGGUGUCGCCGACGGCUACAUGACGCCUCCCAUCACACCCGACGGAGGCUGCUUCGGUCCCAACCCUGCUGGCAAGGACGCUUACCAGAUGCCGCCUCGUUGCCCUGUGACGCCCACGCCGCAACCUGGUCAUCCCUCAAGCUACCAAGUUCAACAACAACAACAACAACAGGUCCCCCAGUACGCAGCGUACUUUGCGGCGUGA